AUCGUGUAACAAGAUCAAUAACGUUGGCCUGCACGUUUCACCGGUCUCAUGGUACAUAGCUCAUGGACCCUCGUUCAGAUAUGGAAGAUGUGAAGGAAAGCUCAAUUAAUUAUAUCAAUUUCUGUCAUAAGUCUUAAAAAUGACGCACUGACCCCAGAAAUGUAGACUUCUUAUGAAGGACAAAUAUUAUUAAAUACAGACCCAGGCUUUCCACAAUAUUGACUUUUCCCCCCCAGUGGCACUAAAUCCUAUCAGCCCACCCCGUCAUGUCCGACUUCAAGUGUGCAGCGAUGAACGUGUGCAGUGGUUCGUCUGCGUUUUAUCAAUGAAUUCUGCGCUCCCGUGAUCCAAUCAGCCAAUGAGCAGCUCGCACCUGCAGCCGUUCACAGCUUGGUAGCUUCAAGAGGUCACUACACUUUGAAACGUGGAAGGGAGAGCGUGAUUGUAAUGCCGUUGAAAAAUAGCAACACCGUGGCUUUGGAGAGACGCGUGGAUCUGGCCUCGCUUUUCUGUAUGAUCGGGCGGCACGGCCCAGCCGUGGCUCUGGCCGUGAUAGCCAUGGUGUCCGUGGUGGCGGGUUUCAUCAUCUACCGAACAGUGAGGGGGAAGCGGAGAAAGGCCACAGCCGGAGCCACAAGCACCGACAGUGACAGCAGGGACGCCGGAGCGGAGACGCCUAUACCGCCGGAUCAGGAGCCGGAGCCGAGCCCGGAGGUUUUGCGCAUCUCGGCGGACUCAACAGUUGUGAAAGCUGAAGGCUCUUUAGAUGUGAAGGAGGAUACUGCUCUUAAAAUCAGGCAUCGGCGUCUCACUGCUGAGAAAAAAACGCCACCUGACCGUCAACCCAAAAGUGACUCGGUACAAGACAACAAGCACAGUUCUUCAGUGGAGCAGGUAGCAGAGCUGCAUGCAGAGGAGGAAGACAAAGGUGCUGAAAUUGAUGUGGAAACUGAUGGCACAAAUGGCACUAUGAAGGAUGCUGAUGAGCAAGGUGAAAAUGAGGUGAUACGGAGCCACAAAGAAGAACUGAAGGUACUACAAGAAAAAUGCCAAGAUGAUGAUGUGCCUACUGAAAUGGAUGUGUCGAAUAAGGAGGCCAGUCAAGAGGAGGAAAACCUUUUGGACAUUUCAAAGAGCACAGAGGCCAACUUGGAAGAACCUAUCGUUCAUAUUGAAGACGUACCUGUUGCUUCCAUCUGUUAUUUCAAAGAUGUGAAAUUUGAGGAAGAGAAUCUUCAAGGUGUCACUGAUUUCUCUAAUGAUUAUAGCAACAAUCACCCUUUUCCGGAAGAAGAAAAGAAAAGUGGUGGUGAGGAGGCAAAAGAGGAGUUGGUAGAUGACCAACUGACUUCUCAACAAGCUGGGAUCAGCUCCACAGUGUUUGUUGAAAUAACCAAGCUACAGGGCCAGUGUCAUGAGGUGAUGCUAUCCUUUCAACAAAAUGCAGAUGAAGACAAUGUGAGUGAUUCAACGGAUAUAAACUUCAACAGUCACCUGCUACAAUUGGCUGAACAAAACAAUGAAAGUGAGCUUGCAUGCAAUCAAGACAGUGAUGUAAAAGAGGAUAUACCCACUGAGGACAUUGCCUCACGUGAUGAAGAAAGUAAUCCUUCAAGUGUAGUACUGGACCACACCCUGCCCUGUUUGAACCAUAUGAUUGAGCCAGAAAGCAUUAAUGGUGAUGAUAGCCCAAGCAGUAUAACAAAAGGGGAAAUGCCCACUGCUGAGGAUAUUACCUCAUGUGGUGAAGAAAGUAAUAGUUCAAGUGUGGUACUGGACACCACCCUGCCCUGUUUGAACCAGAUGAUCGAACCUGAAAACGCUGAUAAUGGUGAUUCUAGCAGUGUAGUAGAUGGUGCAAAGGCCCAAAUCUCUGGCAUUGGGGAAAUCUCCAGCUUGUCAUCAGAUCAACAGCAACCACAAAGCAACAUAAAUGAAGAUGACAUUUCCCAAGCUCUGGGAGUCACCAGUGGGGCUGCUCCUGUCACAUCUGAAGACUGUAAACUUCCUGUACUUCAGAUUCAACUGCCCUCUUUUGAGCAAAGUGAGCCGACUUGGUCAUCCUCUGGUCUUGGUGGUGAGAGUGGAAUUUCAAGCAUGACUGUCAGCCCUGAUUUGCCAGAUGUUAUCGGUGAAUAUGACAUGCCAACUGAAAAUGUGGCACUCACAGUAAAAGAUGAUGCACAGUUCGAAGAGCACACUGAGGCUCAGAAUAGCCUCCUUGAUGAUGAGGCUCGAUCUGCCAUGAAUGAAGAUCUAGCAAAUGUGGUAUCCAGAUCUUACCCAUCAUAUUUUUCCCAGCAGCCCCUCAUUGAGCAAACUGACUGGGCUAAUGACAGUUCUUUAGCAGCCAAUGAAGACAUAUUGGGACAUGAAAUUGAGGAUCGCUACUAUAGAGAGAUGGACCAGGCUAUGGAGCAGAUGGCAGCCAAUGUUACUAGCUUAACCGAUGAGUUCGCAGUGAAAACAGACAUGAAGGCUGAUAUCAAGGUUGUUGAAAUCAAUCAGAAGAUGGAAAGGGCAGAGAAAGAGAAGGAGGAAGAGGACUAUGAAAAGACUGAAAUCAGUAUCAUGGAGGCAACUAUGGACAAUAAUGAAUGGAUCACAGAUGGAAACUACCAAGUUCUUCCCUGGAUGAACCAGUCUGUCCGUCCUUUUGCCCAAAACCACACACAACCUGACCCAGUUUCUACUGAAGAUGACCAUCCAGGUGCUUCUGUCACAGGUGCUACUUGUAUAGAUGCAUCUCUGUCCUUGAAUGAUGUGAAACAGGCUAUCCCGCUUUCCCCUGUUCAUGAAAAUGGCAAAAAGGUUGUGGCAGUCCAGCCCAUGUCCCAGAAUGUCAAUGUGACUUUCCGCAUCCAUUAUCUCACCCACUCACCAAACCAGAAGGUGGCCAUCACAGGGAGCCAGCAAGAGCUGGGGAACUGGAAGAAAUUCAUCCCGCUCGAGAGAGCCAAGGAUGGGAAUUGGGCCACUGUUGUCAGCCUGCCUGCAGAGAGCAUUGUGGAGUGGAAGUUUGUGGUGAUGGACAAGGGUGAGGUGUGCCGUUGGGAAGAAUGUGGAAACCGCCUCCUGGAUACGGGCUACGGAGACGACCUGCUUGUGCACAAAUGGUGGGGAUUAUUGUAAAAGAUUUGUUGAAAAUGCUGCAGUUUGAGAUCAGCAGGUGCACCAGGCUUUCAAACUGUGUUCACGACCAGGUAAAGUUGUGUUUAUGUUUGUCAGUAAAUUGAUAAAACAUUAUGAUUAAAUUUGGGGCACAAAAGUAUUGGUUCAAACUAGGCUAAUUUUGGUUGAAAGAAACUAUUUCUACUUGCUCAGAUUGCAAAUUUCCAAUUUUAUAGAAGAAACAAUAAACGAUCUUUUAGUGUUAAAUUCAUUAGUCUAUUGAAGUGAAAUGCUCUUGAGCUUUUUUUUUUUUUUUUUUUUUUUUUUCUUAUUAUUU